UGCGUUGUUGCCAAACCGUAUAAAAUGGCCCGGAACAUUUCAUGGAGAUCAGUAAAUAGUCGUAGGUCGAACACGACGCAUGCAAAUCGAGAGUAGCUACCCAAAAUGCUGAUCGUUAUUUAUUUUGUGAUCGCGAUAAUGUCGCUGGUGGCGUACCUGUACCACCGCAACUUCAACUACUGGAAGCGCCGGGGCGUGGCCCACGAGGCCCCGAAUCCGUUGUACGGCAACAUGGCCGGGUUCCGAAAGGACCGCGUGAUGCACGACAUCUUCUACGACUACUACAACAAGUUCCGGAAAAGCGGCAACCCCUUCGUGGGCUUCUACUUCCUGCACAAGCCGGCCGCCUUCAUCGUGGACCCCAAGCUGGCCAAGAACAUCCUGAUCAGGGACUUCUCGAACUUCGCCGACCGCGGUCAGUUCCACAACGGACGCGACGACCCGCUUACCCAGCACCUGUUCAACCUGGACGGCAAGAAGUGGAAGGACAUGCGCCAGCGGCUGUCGCCCACCUUCACCUCGGGCAAGAUGAAGUACAUGUUCCCCUCGGUGAUCAAAGUGUCCGAGGAGUUCGUCAAGGUGAUGACGGAGCAGGUGCCGGCCACCCAGAACGGCACUGUGCUCGAGAUCAAGGAGCUGAUGGCCCGCUUCACCACGGACGUGAUCGGCACCUGUGCCUUCGGCAUAGAGUGCAACACGCUCCGCACACCCGUAACCGAUUUCCGGACCAUGGGACAGAAGGUGUUCACCGACCUGCGCCACGGACCACUGCUCACCCUGUUCAUGUUCAGUUUCCCCAAGCUGGCGGAGAGGCUGAGGAUGCGCUUACUCCCCGAGGACGUCCACCAGUUCUUCAUGCGUUUGGUCAACGACACGAUCGCCCUCCGGGAGCGGGAGAACUUCAAGCGGAACGACUUCAUGAACCUGCUGAUCGAGCUGAAGCAGAAGGGCAGUGUGACCCUGGACAACGGGGAGGUGAUCGAGGGACUGACCAUUGGCGAGCUGGCAGCCCAGGUGUUUGUCUUUUACGUGGCCGGGUUCGAAACCUCCUCCUCGACCAUGAGCUACUGCCUCUACGAGCUGGCCCAGAACCAGGGCAUUCAGGACAGGCUGCGCACCGAGAUCCAGACGGUGUUGGAGGAGCACGAGGGACAGCUGACCUACGAGUCCGUCAAGGCCAUGCGCUACUUGAACCAGAUCAUCUCAGAGACUCUGAGGAUGUACACCCUGGUGCCGCACCUCGAACGGAAGGCCCUCAACGACUACGUGGUGCCGGGCAACCCCAAGUUUGUGAUCGAGAAGGGCACUCAGAUCUUGAUACCCGCCUGUGCCUAUCACCGCGACGAGGAUCUGUACCCGGAUCCCGAGACUUUCGAUCCCGAACGCUUCUCGCAGGAGAAGGUGGCCGCUCGCGACUCCGUGGAGUGGCUGCCUUUCGGCGACGGACCACGCAACUGCAUCGGAAUGCGUUUCGGGCAGAUGCAGGUCCGCGUGGGUCUGGCCCAGAUCAUCAGCAGGUUCAAACUCUCCGUUUGCGACCAGACGGAGAUCCCACUGACGUACACCCCCAUGUCCCUCGUCUUGGGCACUGUUGGGGGCAUCUACUUGAAGGUGGAGCGCAUCUAAGUUAAGUUUGUUUAAUAAGACUAAAAAGACGUUGUUACGAUUCGUGUGCGACUGAAUUCCAUCUUGUGAUAUAUUUACUGUGUAAAGGACACAGCCAAACCAGGUUUCUGGCCAAAGUCUGCUAUGUUUAUUGUAAAUAAAUAUGUUAUUAUAUUAAAA